AACCUGUUCGGUUUUAAAGAAUAUUUGUGAUGUAUGAAAUUUCUAUGAUUUACAUUGACCUGGGUUAUUUGAAGUUCAACACUAAUUUUAUGUUUGAAAACCACGCAUUUCUGUCCCAAGUAACGAAGCAGCGAACUCUUUUUGCGUAUUAUUUGAGAGUUGAAAGUGAUUGAUUGCUUGAUGAGAACCUCUUCCUGCUCGCUCACAACCAAGACCAUUCGCGAUAAACUUCCAAAAUUUUAGAAAAUUGCUUUUAUCUGCCCCAUGGAUACGAUUUUGAAAAAGACCAAAGAAGAAUACGAAAAAAUCAUCGCAUCCAUACUAAAAAAGAACGAGGUAUUCGUCAAAAAAGGGCCCGUUCAUCUUGAAGAAUUUGAAAACCAGAAAUUUAUGAAAGUUGUAAUCCCGCAGAUAGAACCUCAGCCAUCAUACAGGUAUUUCGUGGGCAGCCGGAUAAAUAUAAGCGGUGCUGAUGACCCGGUACUGAGAUUUGUUCCGUUUAUUAACAGCGAGGAGAACUACACAACGAUUACUAAUUAUGAUGACACGCUACUUACAGAGAAACCGUUAACGCAGAGCGAGGCUAUCAAAAAUUUGGCACUGAAAAAGGUGUUUUCACAGUUCAGCGAUGCAGCACUUUACAGACUGAAGUGCAACAUUGUGGAUGGAAAAAUAAGCGAGAUCAAGGAUACAAGGGAGUAUAUAACGCUGCAAAGCGUGGCUGCGUUCCUAAAAACACGUGUUAUUAAGCUGUUGGAGAAAUGGGAGCGAGAUUUUGAUAGAAAUGCAAGGCCUUUGUAUACAGACAAUGAUUCAUUCAAUGCGUACUUCUGCAAUGUGUGCCUAAUCUUCGAUUGCAAUGUUCAUGGUGCUUUUACAAAGAGGAUGCCCAAGAUUGAGAACGAAGAGCCCCCGAUCAAAUGUUCAAAUAGAUGCUAUUUGUGUCUCAGUACGGAAGGCGCCUACAAACCUGAUGCGCCUGCUUUUGAGGCGGCAAGCAGUACAUCAAUUCACACUCCGGCGCUGUCAUCAAAGGAUCUGUACAUUGUCCAGAAAAUACGCAAAAAUUUCGAUUUUAAUUGUUGCGAACUUACCAAGGCCUUGAACUUCUUCUGUGAUCUCAAGUUAAGCUGCAAAAGCGUUUUCCUAAUCUCAAAGAAGCACAAAGUCAACCUAAGAAAAUACACCUAUAAAGAGAAAGCGACCGCAGCACCGUCAAACUACCUCAUAAAAUACUUUGAACUGCAUCAGCCAUGCGACCACCCCGGAUCCUGCCAGAAAAACAAAAAUUGCACCUGCCACAUCAACAAGGUAUUCUGUGAAAAAUCGUGUUUCUGUGCUCAAUGUGACCUUGUCCUGUCAAGCUGCGGAUGCAGAAAAUGUGGAAAAUCGUGUCCGUGCAGAAAGUAUUCAAGAGAAUGUACCGAUGGGUGUAGGUGUACACACUGUACAAACAACGACAUUCAAAACAUGAAGGAGCGCCCCACAUACGUUGCACCAAGCAUUAUUGAGGGAUACGGUCUGUUCACCACGGAUGAAUUGCACAGGGACGAUUUUGUAAUCGAAUAUGUAGGCGAAAUAAUCACGAAUGAAGAGGCUGAGCGACGUGGUCUCUUUUAUGAGAAGAGAAAGCUUUCAUACCUUUUCGAUCUUUCCAAUCAGUCGGACUGCACAAAGGAGACGAUAGAUGCCACUAAGAUAGCGAACAAGGCACGGUUUAUUAAUCACAGCAAGAACGCCAACUUGAUAGCCAAGACAGUGCAAGUCGCUGGAUGCAAAAGAGUUGGAUUCUACGCGAAAAGAGCGAUCAAACGAAACGAAGAACUUUUCUUUGAUUAUCGAUACAAAGACGAACAGAAAAAAAAUUACGAGAUAAAAGAAUUCAUGAGCGGCUCGUAGCACAUGCUAAAUAAAUUAAUUUGUGAUGAAUUUAGUGUACAGGUAUGCAGGUGCAUCUGCUCUUAGUUAUCAUCCAAAAUUUUAUGCU